AUGACUGGAAAGGUCCUCCUCCGAUCUCCGGCGAUCGGCCAUUACAAAUCGUCGCUCAAGGACGAGAAACUCGAUGCGCCGAGAGAGAGGCGGCAGUUUGCGGAGGUGGCCGGGGGUUCGGCGGCCGAAUGUACGGCGAUAUGCUGCUGCUGCCCGUUGACGGUGAUGAACAUCGUGAUCUUUGCCAUCUACAAGAUGCCGGCGGGGCUUUGCCGGAAGGCGUUGAAAAGUAGAAAGCGACACGGGAAAAUGAAGAAGAAGCGUCUGAUUCAGCAGCGGAGGGGCGCCUCUCAGGAGUUUACAGAUGGAUCGGAGGGGCCCGGCGGAAUUGGAGGAUUUGAUCAGGUGCCACCACAAGUCCCCGGCGCCGAACCCGGUCCCAAAUCGGCCGACGACCUCAUCCAUUUAGAAGAGGAAAUGUGGGGCCAGUUCUCUCAGACCGGGUUUUGGAGGAGUUCUUCUCAAACCCAAACUCAAACUCAAACUCAAAGACACGAGUAA